GGCCAAAACAAUCUAUAAAGGUCAGCUCAUGGCCCUCCUCAACCAUGUCAAACCCUCGCAGUUGAUGAACUUCCAUAAAAACAUUAACUUUCAUUAAUCUGCAAUAGCAAGAAAUGGCAAACAACGGCAGUGCAGAAAUGCAGGACUAUAACAAGUGCCUCCCAAAGCGCAUAAUCCUGGUGCGCCAUGGGGAGAGCACGGCCAACACAGAUGAGAAGAUCUAUGGCAUUACAGCAGAUCACAAAAUCCCAUUAUCCACAAAUGGGAUUGAGCAAGCCAGGCAAGCUGGUAGAAGCAUAUUGGAUGUGGUUUCUGAGCAGGGAAAUUCACAGAAUUGGAAGGCCUACUUUUAUGUGUCUCCUUACGAACGUACCAGAUCAACUCUCAGGGAGAUUGGCCGGGCAUUUCCAAGAAACAGAGUCAGGGGAGUCAGAGAGGAGUGCAGGAUCAGAGAGCAAGAUUUUGGGAACUUCCAAGAUUAUGAGAAAAUGAAGGAGCUCAAGCAGAUCAGGAAUAGAUAUGGAAGGUUCUUCUAUCGGUUUCCUGAAGGAGAAUCAGGGGCUGAUGUUUAUGAUCGCGUUUCCACCUUUCUUGAAUCUUUAUGGAGGGACAUAUACAUGAGGAGACUAACUCAAGAUCCUGCUGAUGAGCUGAAUCUAGUGAUUGUAUCCCAUGGAUUAGCUGUUCGCAUUUUUCUGAUGAAGUGGUUCAAGUGGACAGUGGAGCAAUUCGAGUCUCUCAAGAGUCCCAAAAAUUGCGAGUUUCGAGUUAUGGAAUUAGGGGCAAGUGGAGAGUACAGCUUAGCGAUCCAACAUGAUGAUGAAACACUCAAAAGAUGGGGGUUCUCUCCUGAAAUGAUAGAGGACCAAAAAUUGAGGGCCAAUUACAGGGGUACUUGGAAUGACAGGAGUCCGUGGUACCUCAAUACUUUCUUUGAGUUAGCUGGUUCUGAUCAUGAAACUGCUGAGAAAGAUGGUCAUGAAGAUGGUCAGAACAAGUGAUUGUUUGCAUUUUUUGUGAUUUUCUCAAUUGAGAUUUUAUUGUAAGCUCUUCUGACUCUGAUCAAAUGUAACCAAAACAACUUUCUUGAAUGAAAAUUUUUAAU